ACAAAAUCAAGGACUCAUGAAUUCACUGAUGUGGUCUAUGUAGGCAAUACGUCGAGAACUCAAAGUGUGGCUUAGGCUGAAAAACCAGACCAUCGUUCCGCUACUUGGCUUCGCAUACAUUAAUUCCUCAUUCAAGUUCCCAGCCCUCGUCUCCCAAUGGAUGCCAUCUGGAACAUUAUCCACCUACCUCGAAGAAGCUACCACCAUUACUGCUUCUGCUAAAGUUGCAUUGGUCAAGGGUGUUGCUGCUGGCCUCGAUUAUCUCCAAUCAAUGAAUGUUGUUCAUGGGGACCUUCACCCCGGAAAUGUACUCAUAGAUGAUUCAGGGAAUCCAUGCCUAACUGAUUUCGGUCUUGCAACAAUCGAAGGAGAAGUAGAUUUGCAGUUGAAUUCGACCACCGUCGAACGCAGUUUCAAUUCUCGAUGGCGGGCGCCCGAAGUCCUUGGAGUGGAAUUGGAAUGUAAUCCUCAAAAACCGACUUUCAUGAGUGAUAUUUACUCUUUUGGUGGUGUCAUGUUCUUUAUCGUCUCGGGGGAUAUACCAUGGAAAGAGAAGAAACACGUUCAAAUCUGCGUCACGCUAUCGAGUAAAGUCUUACACGCACGUCCCGAAAACAUCCUCGACGAUCACUGGAACUUGAUUCAGAAAUGCUGGUCAUGGGAAGCAGGUCAUCGCCCGAGGGCCACGAAAGUUCUUCAAUAUAUCGAUCAGUUUAGGACCGACAACUGGCAGGGUCAACAACCUCAGGUUCCCGCCGGUCAGGGGCUGGUAGACCUGACGGGUCAGAUUGAGGGUACAAUAGCCGACUUUGUUGCUGCAGGCGAUUUUGGAAUGGUUUUCAAAUGCCAAUGGAGACUGCCGGCAGGUCCCAUGAAGGUUGCAGUAAAGGUCAUCAAGGUUCACUUAUCAGAGCUAGAUUUACAAAAUUUUCGACAUGUGGCUGAGAAUUGGGCUGUCCUCAUACACGACAAUAUCGUUCCCGUGCUUGGGACGACAGCAGGAUUUGGGCCAUCUCCAGCUCUUGUUCUUCCAUGGUUACAGAGCGGUACACUGCUCCGUCUCAUCGCGGAACAGGGUGCUGAAUUGAACAUUAGGUCGAGGCUAAAUUUGCUUCAUGGUGUGGUGUCUGGCCUUUGUUAUCUUCAUGGAUUGAAUAUGGUACACGGAAACAUUACGAGUUCCAACGUUCUGGUUGAUAUUAAGGAAGGGGAACAUGUAGCACGCUUAACAGACUUCGGUCUGGCGACAAUUUUCGGUGACCGUUUAGGUGAUCGCACAAUCGGAUCAUUUGUUCGAACUGGUGCCAUCAGGUGGACCGCGCCCGAGUUGCUGAAGGCAGAUAACCAACCUGCUGACAGUGCACCGACCACGCAAACCGACAUGUAUUCAUUUGGACACGUCAUGUUUCAUGUGUUAACAUUGGUCAUUCCUUGGAGUGAUAUAAACGAUUUUGUAGUUUUUCAAAAAAUUCUCGGAGGGGAAAAUAUUUCUCGUCCUGCGACACCCGAUAUGACGACCGCACGCUGGAAUGAGAUUGUGCAAUGUUGGUCGUCUGAUGUAUCUGCUCGUCCUUCCGCCAAAAUGGUCAUGAACUUCUUGAGGAACGAACUAGAGGCUUUGACAAGUAAUGAUAUCUCCGCUGGCGAAAUGAGGGAAAGUCAUUCAAAUGCAAUGUUUGAGACAGAACAAAGAAAUACAUCCAUCAAUACCUCCAAAUCCAAGGCCAAGCAAAAUGGAAGGGGUCAACGUAUUUUGACAGUCAAUCUUCUCACGCUCUUAGGCUCCCAAAGAGGACUUCCCCGGGGGAGAACAGUGACUACUACGGCAGUGCGUUCCGACACUGUCUAUGACCAGCCCUGCACCUAGAGUCAACAGGACCCAGGGCAGUCCACGGGGAACCAAAAAGUCCCUGAGUGCAACACCCGGUCUAGGGAUGACGACUCACAGGUUUGCACAAGUUCACUGGUAUGACAGUAUCCCAAUCAGUGGCGGAUCCUGAUGUAUUUUACUUAGACAUCCACCUCGGAACUUCCACCUCCUCCCGAAAUACAACUGUCACUAGCAGAAGAUCUGACAGGUCAGAUCUUCGGUGGAAUAGAUGAUUACGCUGCCAGUGGUGCAUUCGCAAACGUUUACAGAUGUGAAUGGAGAAAACCGU